AUGGACAGUCUGACCGACCAUCGUCGGCGCUCCGACGACACGGCCGUAGCCAUCAUCAAUGCCAAGUGGCUCACGUCGACUAUACGACCGAUUCAAGAACCAACGAAUGAAGCUGGAGUGCAUGAGAAUAGCCCAGGAGGGUACACUUGCCCGUCAUCAGUCGCGUCGGAUGGAUCGAACGAGGCUGGCGCUCCACCGCAUGCAGUCAAGAGUGAGGAGGCCCCUGGUUUCCACCCGAUCGACGUGGACCAAGAAAUGGAAGCUCCGUCCUUUCAACUACUCAACUUUGCCGCGCACGUCGCCGCUCCAGUGCCCCUCUUCGACCAAGCAAUCCCCGCGGACCGUAGUGGCGACAUGGUUGAGCCAACGUCGAUGCCGGGGGACUCUCAAGGCGCGCCACCAUCGUUUAGUUUAUUGUCCUCUCUCCGCACUGGCCUUCCCCCGUCGGAUUAUUCCCUUCCACGUCCAGCCGAGUUCCAGGAAGACCGUGGUGUCGUGUGGGUGGACGAUGGUGGGGGGGCACCUCGACGACAGUUGAUGCAUCCAACGGCAUCCCUAGACAGCGACCAUUGUUCGUCGACACUUCAACGGGAUCGUAUGCCAUCCCACUCGUCGCAGUCGUCUUCUACCCACAGUGACCUUGCCAUGCGCCAAGCCGGAUUGGACGACAGCUCGGACGAAGAAGAAAUCAAGCCCAGAAAACAGUUGCGGGGAAACCGAGUGUCGAUUCAGUCGGCCGAGUGGACGUGCAAGUGGUGCACAUAUGCCAACGAAGGCGACGGCGCGAGCAAUGAAUGCGAUUGUUGUGGUCAAGCCAAGGGAUCGUCGUUGGGACUGCCGAGGACGACACAUACUACAAGCAAAGCCACAACAAAGACGAGGAGCACACGACCCAUCAACAUGGACGAGAAUGAGUCCAAUAUAUAUCCUUCAGGAAACGAACAAGGAGGCACCGGUGCUGGCUGGCUGUGUAACAUGUGCACGUACGAGAACUGUACCAACCCCGUGCGAUGCGAGUUGUGCGACACACCAAAAGGCUCCAACAUGCCGUCGCAGUCUGAGAUACGGGAAUUCAACCACUUUGAUGACCUAGACGACGAUGACGACUUUGAAGUUUACGCAUCGGACGCGACCAACAACCCUCCUGACGUGGUCGACUUGACAGCGGCCAGUGACGGGAACCGACAGCCGUUGUACGACAACCAGUCCGACUCGAUUGAAGAAAUCUCAGACACCGAGCGCCGUCCUCGCUCCCCCACAUCCUCAUGGCAUACCACCACCGAGUUGCGCGAGUUUACGUCCUUUACCCCCGUCUCGUUGCUCCGACAUCAGGCAGAUAGCAUCGACUAUUUGAACAUGUUUGGUGCCAACAGGUCAUACUCGGAUCGAUUGCAAACUCGAGUGUCGGAAUCUCGACGACGACAGGCGGCGCAGGCACGAGGAGGAGGAGGAGGGGGCCAACCAAAAUCCUCUGGAAAGCGCAAAAAAGGGGCCAAGAAAGGUCGAAAGUCCCCCGCCAAAGCCCCCAAAGAAUAUGCUUCGAAUCGAUCGUCGGUUCCUCAAUUUCAACGAGCAUCCGCGGCCGGAAAACGUCGCGCCAUGCCGCCAUUCCAAAAGGCUUCUGCAGCAACCAGCAGUAGUAGCAGUACCAGUGGGGCCCCUCGUCUGGUCAAUGCCAACUUACAGCCCAAGGCGCGGACAAACUCGAUGCGCGUCGUGGCCGAAGAAGGCGACUUUGGAGCAUUUCGAUCGGCGCGGCAUCAUGCCGCCGACUCGAGCCGCCUCGCCGCCGCGGCGUGGGAAGGGCAAGGGUCGAUGCGGUACGAAGACGAUUAAAUUAACAAAACUCUUCAAGGAUACUUGUCGAACGCACUAAAACUAUCUUGGGCCGUCCGCGACAGUUUCGAGUAGUUGAGCAGCCCCAAGAGCCCAAUGCUCACGGUGGCACUCACGACAAACAACACGUCAAACCAGGACGCAAACCCAUAGUAAUCGAUCGGGCCCAACACGGCAUCGAUGUGUCGCCUAGAAAAAGAUAUCAUCAACUCGUAUGAAAAACG